ACUUCCCAACGCUCCUGAGCAACGGAAGUGACGCAAGGAGCAGGAGCGUUGGAGUGUUCGGGUAAAAAUGGCUGAAUAUUUAGCUUCGAUAUUCGGGACUGAGAAGGACAAGGUUAACUGCUCUUUUUACUUUAAGAUUGGGGCCUGCCGGCACGGGGACCGGUGCUCCCGACUUCACAACAAACCGACUUUCAGCCAGACCAUAGUGCUACUCAACUUGUACCGGAAUCCACAGAACACAGCCCAAACCGCAGAUGGAUCACACUGUCAUGUGAGCGACGUGGAGGUGCAAGAACACUAUGAUAACUUCUUUGAGGAGGUAUUCACAGAACUGCAGGAGAAGUACGGAGAGAUUGAAGAAAUGAAUGUGUGUGACAACCUUGGAGACCACCUCGUGGGCAAUGUCUAUGUUAAGUUCCGCAGGGAGGAGGAUGCAGAGCGGGCCGUGGCUGAACUCAAUAACCGCUGGUUCAACGGGCAGGCUGUGCAUGCUGAGCUGUCGCCAGUCACCGACUUCCGAGAGUCUUGCUGCCGCCAGUAUGAGAUGGGGGAAUGUACCCGAGGUGGCUUCUGCAACUUUAUGCACCUACGACCCAUAUCCCGGAACCUGCGCCGGCAGCUCUAUGGGCGAGGACCCAGGCAUAGGUCACCUCCAAGAUCCCAUACAGGCCACCGUCCCCGAGAAAGAAACCGACGUCGUUCCCCAGACCACCGGCAUGGUCGCUUCUGAGACUGGUGCUCUUCACCUCUUCCUGUGCAGGAUCCCUUCUCAAAGCCUUCUUCACUUUCCAGCUCCAUCAUCCCCAGGCUUCAGAGCUUCAUGAUACAGUCUGUUCAACAGAGUAACUUCCUCCUCCCAUCCCUUCUCUAAUAAAGCUUAGGAAGUUUGUCUAACA